AUCUUCCAAAGUUUGAAAGUAAAAAAACCGAUGUUUAUUUUGAUUCAGUCCAAUGUAUUCAUCAUCGUCUUCUUCUUCAGCUACUCCACAAAAGUUCGACGUCUUUCUGAGUUUCAGAGGCAAGGACACUCGCAGGACCUUCAUUAGCUUUCUUUACAAAGAACUCAUUGAAAUGGGUAUUCGAACUUUCAAAGACGACGUUGAACUCCAGAGUGGUCGUCGGAUUGCUUCAGAUCUCCUCGCCGCGAUCGAAAACUCCAAAAUCGCCGUUGUGAUUAUCUCAAAGAAUUACUCUGCGUCUCCCUGGUGUCUCCAAGAGCUAGUGAUGAUCAUGGAUGUCGAAAAGAAGGGUUCCAUCAUCGUUAUGCCAAUCUUUUACAACGUCGAGCCUGCUCAUGUGAGAAGACAAAUCGAACAGGUCGCUAAACAGUUUAGGAAACAUGAAGGAAGGGAAAAUUAUGAGACUGUGGUGUCAUGGAGACAAGCUCUGACCAAUUUGGCCAGUAUCUCCGGCCAUUGUUCUCGUGAUUGCGAAGAUGACUCGAAGCUACUCGAUGAGAUAACCAAGAGAAUUUCUGACAUGUUAUUCUCGGUAACACCACCAAGUGAGAGCAUCAAUAACCAACUUGGAUUUGAUGCACGCAUGAAAGAGUUGUAUCCAUUGUUGGAUUUGGAUUCUAAUGAAGGUGUGAGAGUGGUUGGAAUUUGGGCAAGAGGAGGUAAUGGAAGAUCAGCUCUAGCUAGAUACGUUUAUCAAAAGAUCUUUAAGAAAUUCCAAAGUCAUUGUUUUCUCGAAAACGUCAAAGGGAUCCCUCACGAUUGUCAAAUGUCGAAUCUAAGAGACGAGUUUCUUAUCAGGAUUCAAGGAGGGUACUCGAGGAUGAAGACCUCAGGGUUGAUAAAAAAAAGGCUCAUGAGUCAGAAAGUUCUACUUGUGGCUAACAAUGUCGACAAACUCGAACAGUUAGAUGCUCUUGCAGAAUAUUUUAACUGUUUUGGUCCAGGGAGCAUAGUGCUCAUAACUACACAAGACAAACAACUUCUUGUUGCGUUUGGGAUAAAGGUUGUGUAUGAAGUUGAGUGCUUGAGAUGCUUUGAAGUUCGUCAACUGUUUCGUCAAAUCGGCUUUAGGGAAAGAGAUCUUAAUGUCGGUUCCGAGUUGUCUUCACCUAUAUCCGGGACUGAAUCUUCUUGAAUGGUAACUCUGUUUCUGGUCCUUCUGGAAUAACCCUUAGAAGCACUUCCUAGGGUAAACCGUUAGGCUUAUUAUACCUAAGACUUACGAAGAUUUAGCUUAAGAUUAGGGAUUGUUUGCUAGUUACUGGUAUAAGGAAUUAAAUUAAUCUCCAUUGAUCCAAUAACAAUGCAUGUACAAAGUU